ACGACUGCUUGGUAUAUUUUCGCAAAGCGCAGUCUCUUUUUGACUUGAGGUAAAUGUGAUGUGUAUUUUUAUUUUUAUUUUUUUUGCAAGUUACUCAAUGAAGUAUUAAAAAAAGUAAAUUAGUCGCUGUUAAGGAGUCACAAGAAAACCUGUAGUGUAGGUUAUGGCACCAAUACACUCAGUAGCCCCUCACUAGAACGAAGUGGCGUUCUCAAAUUAGACACCAUGCGGCCUGCUUGUGUGAUUGUCUGUUGAUGCUGUAAUGCUCGGGACAGUGAGAAGAUGUCAGUGGGUGAAGUCCAGGUUACCCAGGCAUGGCUGCGUUCUCAAUGGCACAUCCAGGUCCCUCAUGCCUGGCUGGACGCUUGCGUGAACUGGAUAAAGGAGGACGCGGAAAGCAUACCCAUGCCUCAGUCGCUGCUGAAUCAGCGCGUCCUGGAGCAAUGGCUGCUGACUGACCUGCGAGAUCUGUCCCACUCGGUGCUCCCCGAAAGACUAUCCGAGGCACAGAAAACAGAACUAAACAGCUGUUACUGUCUUCAGAUGGACUCCCUACUAGACGUCAGCCAGCCUGCCUACACUCAACUGCAGCGUAUUCGGGGCACCGACUGCUCCAAUGAUCAAGUCUCGGCGGUUACGCCGGAAACACAGCGGCCGUGGGAGGCCAAGCCCACGCGUAUGUUGAUGUUGCAGCUCACGGAUGGAGUGCAGAGUCUGGAGGGCAUGGAAUACCGGCCCAUCCCGGCCUUAAGCACCAACCUGCCACCCGGGACAAAGCUACAGCUGGUCGGUCCUAUCGUUGUCCGUCUCGGGGUGUUGCUCUUGAAAGCAGAGAACGUGAAGGUCUUGGGUGGGGAGGUGGAACAGCUUUUGGAGAUUUACUCUCAUCGCAGAGUGCUUUGCGGGACACUCGGUUUGCCUGAGGAGAACAAUCCACAAGGUGAGGAACCGGAUGACCAGGAGCUCCUGGCCAGCGUAGAGGCUCCAGUAGAUCAUCACAUAGCUGACAGCGGCUACAACAGCAUGGCUUUAGAAGCUUCCUUCAGACCACCUCAGUCGCAACCCCGUCCUCAAGCGGCACCCAUUUCCAGAGAAGACGACUGGGAUAUGGAUGAAAUUCCAGAUGAUGACUUCAGAAGUAUUCCAGACAAUUUUGACGAUGUUCCACAAAAUGUGGUGAACGAUGUUCCUGAGGACUUCGAUGACAUCCCGUUAGAAGAGCUGGACAGUGUGAUGUGCCCAAUAGAUUUAGAAUGCAAACCUGAAGCAGUCCAGCCUAAAAUUGGAGAACCAAGCCUUUUAAGUUUUCACUCCAGAACUACUCUUAACAGCAGAAACUUAAAUGAAGUUCCUGUCUGUCCAUCUGUUGCCAGUUCCUCUACAAACGCAGUUGAGGAACCUGAAGCAAACUUACCCAACCAACCCAAAACUGAAGAACCAAGCCAGCCUUUUCACUCCAAAUCUCUGCUUGGCACCACCAUCCAAAGCAGAAUCUUCAAAGAAGUUCCUCAUACAUCUAUUACAAGUUCCUCUACAAACACAGCUGGAUCUUCUGGUUGUGAACGAGAGACACCUACUCCACCGUACCUCUGCAUGCUACAGGCUGGCCACUGGCCGCCCGCCAAAGUUCAGAUUUUACGACUACAAGCUUUCAUUGUUACACUCAAAGGAAAUCUGCGCAGUAGUAGUGGCGUGUGGGAACUCGGGGCCACCAUAUCAGACGGAACCGGGUACUUGGAUGUGGAUCUGUCCAACGCCAUGCUCGCCAAACUCAUCGGCUACACGGCACCAGAGGCUCGAGUGCUGCGGAAAGACCUGGCAAGACGCGGUGAGGUGGCCAGCGGGAUUCUGCAUUGUCAAAGAGAGCUGGUGGAUAUGUGCUGUAUGAUGAGCGUGCAGGUGGAUCAGACGGGCAGAGGAGUUGUGUUGUGUGUCAGUCCGCUCACCGACAAGGAAUGCUCCGAGAUACAGAAAAGAGUGAAAGAGAGAAGGAACUAAGCCGUAUUUAUUCUCUGGGCUCUCUUUUAACCUAAUCUGACAGUGUUUGUGUUGAUAUUUUAGUAGAGUAACUCGUUUUGGUUCUCUCAGACUGAAGAAAACGGCUUAUAAUGCACUUCACUCAUAUCCGUUAUAUUUCAGAAUCCACUGUUAUAUUUUGUAAAUAGUUUUUUGUUUGAUUUUUGUUGUUUUUAUAUUUGAAUGUCUUUGAAUGUGAUUUAAUAAAUUUAGAAAGAUCAUUUAAACAUCAUUUGAUUUUUGUCUUAGAACAAUUUUAAUUUUUACAGUUAUUGAAGAAAAUGUGGGUGACUGCUAUGUGCUUUCUAUGGAAGCCUUUUUUUUUGUUGGUGAAAAUAC